CUAGAAGAGUAACCAAAUACAGGUUGUUUGUUUUUAAGACCCGGAAAGUGGAGUGGAAGUAGUACAAACGAUAGAAAAAGUGUUUAUUGGGACGACGAAGAGACUCCGGGGACUUAAGUAACCAACCACGGUCUCCAGAACUUACAACUUCCGCCAGAGACAGCGGCAGAAAUGUCCCUGUACCUCCUUCUUCUGGUACCGCUGUGGUUUAUUUACCGCUGGUUCAAGGAAACCAAACGAGUGCCCAACAAGUCGCAGAAGCAUGUGCUUAUCACCGGCUGUGACACUGGGUUUGGUAACCUUCUGGCCCGGCAUCUGGACAAGCUAGGCUUCUGUGUGAUUGCAGCCUGUUACACUGAGAAGGGGGAGGAUGAGCUGAAAAAGGCAUGCUCUGAAAGACUGAAAACCCUUCACCUGGAUGUCACCAGCCAAGACAGCAUCAACAAAGCUGUUACAUUCCUCACAACAGUAGUUGGGGAGAAAGGUCUGUGGGCCGUGGUGAAUAACGCGGGCGUGUCCGUGCCAUCGGCUCCCUGUGAUUGGCUCACCGUCGAGGACUACCGGGGCAUGCUGGAGGUCAACCUGAACGGGGUCAUCGCCGUGACGCUGAGCGUUCUGCCCCUCAUCAAGAAGGCCAGGGGCAGAGUGGUGAACGUGGCCAGUGUGUUUGGACGAGUGAGUCCCUUUGGAGGGCCGUACUGUGUGUCUAAAUACGGAGUGGAGUCCUUCAAUGACAGCCUGAGGAUGAACAUGGCACCCUUUGGAGUGAAGGUUCUGUGUAUUGAACCAGGAUUUUUCAAGACCAGCGUGACUGAUGUGUCCCUCCUGAAGAAAAACAUCAAGACGCUGUGGGACAGAUUGCCUCAGGAUGUGAAAGAUGACUACGGAAGCGAUUACCUACACAAAGUGGAUUUGAAGUUCAAUGACACCUUCACCAAGAUGUUGGAUGGAGACCUGAUGAAAGUGGUCAACUGCAUGGAGCACGCCGUGUCUGCCCUCCACCCCCGCACGCGCUACUCUCCCGGCUGGGACGCCAAGUUCUUCUGGCUGCCCAUGUCCUACAUGCCAACCUUCAUCUCAGACAAGUUCUUCUUGAGGGAUGCCGUUAAACCCAAAAUAUCGGUGCUGUAGUUCAUUUCACAGAUGAUGGUAGAGUAUUUGUGUCAUAGAGAGAGCCCCACUAGAGACUUUGCCUUUUUUAUAAUCACAGAAAGGUUUUGUUCCAGAUGGAACCUCAGUACGAGGACACCCUAAUGUGUUGGGGGGGGGGGGGGGGGUUGACGACCUGAGAGAGAGAAAUACUAGAAUAUAAGUAAGGAAAAGGAGGCUAGUGGAGGCUUUAAACACAUGUAGCCAUGCUAGCGCUAAAUCAGCAGUUUUGUUAUGAAAUUGUUAACACACUUUAUCCUUAAAUCAUUUGUAUGUGUAACAUGAACCCCAGUGUUUCAUAUAAUAAAAAUCAGUUGCUCAUGAAUCAUUAA